AUGUUGGUGAGUAUGUUGUUGCGAUAUGUUGCGAUACUCAAAUCUAAUUCGUUCCGAUCCACCGAUUCUCUUCUUCAUCCCACACAUUUUUUUCUAUUUUUAGAUCCGUGUUCGUAAUUAUCUCUCCAAUCACCUAUUGCUCACUAAUAUUGGUACAAGUUGUGCACAAAUCGGAACUGCCGAUAUCAUUCAACAAAAUAUUAAUGGCGACGUUGAACGUGAUGGUUGGGAUUGGCGUCGAACAUGUAAGCCUAAUUCUUUUUUCGUGUUUAAAACUAAUUAACUGACUGGUUGGUUGGUUCUCCAUCUCUUUCUAUUUUUUUGCCUUCUUCUUCUUUGUCUUAUUGCUUUCAUCUCAUGGGAAAUCAAAGUGAACUGAUGAUGCCUUUUUUUAACACAUAUAAAUACAUACUAUGCUUUUUUCCGAAUGAAAAAAUUAGAUGAAAAAGUCAUGUUUGUGAGAAAAAAAAAGAGAUGGAGAACGCAUUAUUAAAGAUUGGAAAAUGUUGGUAUCAAAAAAAAAUCAUGGACCAUUAAGUUUUGGAGUUCGGGAAAAUGUUCUUCUUGAAAAAAAAAUACUGAAAAUAAAUCAACAAAACAGAGUUAACUUUUUAUCAAGGUACAUUUUACAGAAUUUGUAGAUUUUUUUGGGUUUAAAAAAAUCUGUUAUAAUUCUGAAAUUUAUGAAUUGUUAAGACGGAAAAAAGCGUUUCUGAAUUGAAUAUAUGUCUAUCCCAAAGGUUGAACUAGAAAAUAUUCAAAAACAUUGGCAAUUUCUGAAUGGGAUUUCCCUUUUGAAAAUUAGCCCCAUUCAGGGAAUCCCAUUCAGAAAUUGCCAAAAACAUUUUCCAGGUCGAAUGGCAGCGAUUGGUCUUGUGAUGGCUCCAGCUCUUCAUUGCUUUUAUAGAGUUCUCGAUACUCGAAAAUUCCAAGGCUCUAAACAAUCAAAAGUUCUCAAAAAACUGGCGUGGGACACCUCAUUCAUCCCAUUUUUCUCAUGCACAUUUAUCACAGGUUUUUAUUUCUUUUUCUGGGUAAAUUUAAAAUAAUAUUAUAAUUCAAACAUUUUUCAGUUGGCGCAAUUUAUGAGGGAAAAACAUUUAAAGCAGCGUUGGCUGAAUAUCGUCGAAAAAUGUGGCAUAUUUGGAAGGUUAGAACUUUUUGUGGUUUUUUUGCCUUUCAAAUAAAUCUUGAACCUAUUAAUUAUAAGGGUAAUUGAAGAUCACCCAUUUUCGUUUUUCCAUAUAAUUCAAUUCAAACAUAUUAUUUCGUCAACCUUUUAUUUUAUGUUUUCAUAUGAAAAUAUUAUAUUUUCACAUAAACCGUAUCACCCCCUCAAAAAUCGAAAUCUAGUAAAAAUUAUGUUUUUUUUCAAUUUCAAAACCUAGUAGCAUAGGAUAUGCGAGAAGAAAAAUAAACCUGAUUUUUUCGUCUCGUUUCACAUUUUCUUCAUUAUAAGUGUUACUCGAAUUAAUUAUAGUAUAUAUCUAGUUACUAAUUCUGACAUAAACUGACAUAAACUUGUUGUGUUCAAGAUUUUUCAUAACUCCUUUCAUUUCUAUUUUCUUACAGGUCGAUUUCACACUUUGGCCACCAGCACAGUUGAUUAAUUUUUAUUUUUUACCACCUGCACUUCGUGUCGUUUAUGUAAAUUUGGUAUCAUUAUUAUAUAAUUGUAUCAUGUCAUAUAUUAAAAAUAACGAGCUUCAUCAUAAAUAGGAUAUUUUUUGGAAUUGAGAAUUUUUAAAAUUUGAAAAGGUUAGAAAAUAAUGUGAACAAUUAUUCGGUAUCAAAAGGUAACAUGAAAAUCAGCACUUGUGUUUUUCAAAUUUCAAGCUCCAAGGACUACUGUGUUCACUUUUUUGUAGAGUAGCAUUUAAACUUCCAUAUUCUCUCAAAAUUUCAUUUUAUUCAAUUUUUUUAGUAUUUUAUUUUUUCAAGUUCAUUACAAUUGAAGUCAGAAACUUUAACAGUUCUGAUCAGCUUCAAAAUUCAAAAUUCUUAAUCCAAGAACACACACACACAUAUAAGAAAAAAACAAUUCAAUUUUUGAUCUCAAAGUGCAGCGCAAACAAACCAUAUCAUUUUGAAAUAUGUAGAUACAUAUGUAUUAUCCAACUUUUUGAAGGACAAUUUUUUUAGACCUUGCACUUGAAAAUAAUAAGAGGAAAGAAAAAACAUGCAUAAUAGAAACAAAUCUAACGUUCUUUGCCAUCCAUCUAUUCAGAAUAACAAUAAUUAACAAUAUUUUUAGUUGGUGAAAGUCACUUAAUUAAACAUGAUCCUUUUUAGUUGAAAUCCGAUUUUUUUCACAUUUUCUCACAUAAAUUUUAUAUUGAAAUUAAAUUUUGAAAUAAUAUAAUCUAUUGUCAAAAUCCCCCCACGAUGAAUAAUAACAAUAGUUAUUUAUAAUAAUAAUAACCGGUGUUUACCGGUUGUUUUGUGAUGAUCGCCAUUUUUGGACAUUAUUUAACUGUUUGAAUUUUUCAUUACUAUUAUUUUUUUUAUUCCAAUAGUGUUUCGUUUUUUUCAAAUGAUUAUAGGAUGAAUUAUACACUCACUGAAACAUUAUUGACUAACGAAACUUCACCGGGUUUUGGAUUUGUCUAUGAGAAUUCAGAAAAUGAUGUGAUUUCAAGAUGGAAUCGAACAGAUAUUGAAGAUUAUAUUCUAACUAUUGAUUUUCUGAAAAUGUGAGUUCCUAGUAUACUUUUCAAGUAAAAUCCACUAAUUCUAGCUCAACAAGUGCUGAAGUUUCUUCUUGGAUGCAUUCAAGUAUUUUCAAGCAUAUCAGAUUUGCCCUAUGUUUCAUUGGAUUUGUUCUUAAUGCUGUUUUCUUGGUGGUCAAUAUUUGUCAAGGAAAAUCAAAAGGCGCAUUGAUGAAGUGAUUUUUUCUAUGGAGUAAUGAUCAGAAUUAUAGAGUGAUUAUUUUCAGAGUUCGAUUUCUGGUUCUUUGGAUGAUUUUUAUCAAUACUCUUUAUUUCUUCAUUCACGCAUUUAUAUUUGCGAUGGAUAGUAUUUAUGAUGUAAGUUCUAGAAAAUUCUGGAACAUGUUUUCAGAUUUUGAGAUUUGAAGGAUGAAUCAUUGCGAUUAACCUUUUUGAGAAGAUGAUAAUUUAAGUGAUUUCCAACACUAUAGUUUUUGCAGUAGUUUUUUUCUGAAUUUUUCUAAAAAGAUUGUAUUUUAUUUUCUAAAUUGAGACGUAUAUAUCACUUUUCAACUUUCCCAAACUUUCCAGAUCAGCUCUGUUGCCGCAAAAAUGUUUGAUGAAAUGGACGACCCAGAAUUCAUUCAAAAAUUCUGGAAAAUAAUGACUGAAUCGAUAUUCCAACCUUUCUCCGAUCUUGUAUCCUUCAUGCUACUUUAUAUUGCUCUUGAUCGCUAUGCAAGCCUAUUUUCGGUUAGGAAAAGCCUAAAAUUUAAUAAUCGUUUUUGAAAUGAUAUUUUACAGGUUUAUUGGCCUUAUUUGAAACAUCGAAUUUAUAUUCUUCAAUUUUUAUUGGUCCCUUUGAUAUUCUGCUUCAUCCCGUUCAAUUCGCUUUUCCUAUAUUAUGUAGCUCCAUACAAAGUUGUUAUAUCUAUAAGGUGAGAAAAACCCAAUAAAUUUAAUACUGAAAAAUGAUUGCAGGUUAAUUGUAACAAGUCUUCCACAAUUUCUAACACUCUUACUCUCUGUCGUCGCUCUUCUCGCUCGCCAACACAACAAACACACACAGCAGCACACAUCGCUCAUCUCUCUUUCUGUGUAAGUUGCUGUUGUGUGUAUGUCAUUGAAAAGAGUGUGCUGCAUAGUGUCCUCCCAUGUGGUCUAGUGGUUAGGAUUCGUGGUUUUCACCCACGCGGCCCGGGUUCGAUUCCCGGCAUGGGAAGCUAAUUUUUUUUGUUUUUUUUUUCAUAUUUUUAUUUUUGUAGGCCGUUGAUCGUCUGCAUUUUGGUGUUAUCGAUUUUUGAUCUUAUUGCUCAUAUAUUUUUCUUAUUCCGAUUUUUGAAUGAUAAUAUGGAUUUUGUUCUGCUGACUGGAUCGGAAGCUAUGGAUGAUUUCAUUCAUGCAUUUCUGGAUAUCGGAUUGGAGGUGAGUGAUAUUUAUAAAAUAAAUUUCUGAACACAGAUUUCAAAUAAGCAGAUGCAUCUGUUCUACUUUUCAAAUACAACUUAUGAAUUCUGAAGUUUUCCAACAGAGAUUCAGACCAACUUUUCAUUUAAAUUUUGAAAAAAGCCUUGGAUUUUCCUGAAAAUGUUCAAAUUUUCAAACAAGAAGUUGUCUUAAAUAAAUAAUAAAACUAAAUGUAAGAGUUCUUCAUUUUCAGCAAACAUAUUUUUCCAGAUCAGUAUUUGUAUUGUAUUUUUGAUCCCAGUCGUCAUCCCAAUUGUUUUAGGAGUUUUUGUUCAGAAUUUCCGAGAACCGGUUAGUCUUCAUCUCAAUUUCGCCAUAAAAUCUUUCAUUUUUUGCAGUUCCGUAAACGUGCAACACGUGUCGAUCAAAUUAACUUACCCCAUUUCUAG